AUGGCAGACCAAGGCGGCGCCUUGGCCCUCGACGUGCACUCUCCCAGCUCGCCCAUCUUCAAGUUCAAGGGUGUUGAUGAGGUCCGCAGCUUGCUGUUGCUCCCCGAUGGGGACUACAGCACUCACAUGUUUAGCACUGCCUUCCUCAGGGGCAUGGAAGAGGCCAACAAGUUCUUGCCCACAAACUGUGAGCUGACGACCACCGGUGGGCAUGAUCAACCCAAGGAGAAAAGUGGCAGGGGCCGCAAGGACAGGCAUGGUGAGGUGGAGGCUGAUGUCAGUAGGACUAGCAGAUUGGUGGAAGCUGGUGCCGGCGAGGUGUUCGACCAAAUGCUCACUGCCAUGGGCAAUGAGACUGGGAACAGCAACAAGAAGGGGAGAAAGAGCAAGGCGCGGGUGGUUGACCUGCACACACUGCUGAUCCACUGCGCCAAGGCGGUGAUGGAUGACCGCCGUAGUGCAGGUGAGUUACUCAAGGAGAUCAAGCAGCAUGCAUCACCAACUGGGGAUGCCACACAGCGGCUUGCCUACUGGUUUGCUGAGGGGCUGGAAGCGCGGCUGACCGGCACAGGGAGCCAGGUGUACGGGUUGCUCACGGCGGAGUGCACCUCUACUGUGAGGCAUAUGCAGGCCUACCAGCUGUUCAUGUCCACCUGCUGUUUCAGGAAGGUCGCCUUCUUGUUUGCCAACAAGGCCAUUUUCAAUGCAGCAGUUGGGAAAAGCAGGUUGCAUAUCGUGGAUUAUGGCCUCCAUUCUGGGUUCCAGUGGCCUGAGCUGCUGCGCUGGUUGGCUUCAAGGGAUGGUGGCCCACCGGAGGUCAGGAUCACCCACGUUGAACUCCCACAGCCUGGGGUCUACCCGGAAAAACAUAUGGAGCAGAUAGGUAAUCGGCUGACUGACAUUGCACAAGAGCUUGGUGUGCCGUUCAAGUACCGUGCUAUCAUGGCACAGUGGCAGACCAUUUGCGUUGAGGACCUGGACAUGGAACCUGACGAGGCGCUUGCUGUGAAUGACCAGUUCAAUUUCAGGACCUUAAUGGAUGAGAGUGUCGUCAUAGCCAGCCCGAACCCCAGGGAUGCCGUCCUCGGCAACAUCAGCAAGAUGAAGCCAGACGUGUUUGUCCAAAGCACCGUGAAUGGCUCCUACGGCACCUUCUUCUUGUCACGGUUCAGAGAGGCCCUCUUCUAUCACUCUGCGCUAUUUGACAUGCUUGAUGCAACCAUGCCACGGGAGAGCAAACUGCGGCUGGCGCUGGAGCGUGACGUCUUUGGGUGGAUGGUCCUGAAUGCCAUCGCAUAUGAGGGAGAGGACCGAGUGGAGCGCGGUGAGACCUAUAAGCAUUGGCAGAUCAGAAACCAACGAGCAGGCCUGAGGCAGCUGCCACUGAACAGAGAGACUGUUAAGAUGGCUAGGGACAUGGUCAUGGGUGAGUACCACAAGGAUUUUGACAUAGACGAGGAUCACCAGUGGCUGCUACAGGGAUGGAAGGGUCGUAUUCUCUACGCCCACUCAACAUGGGUGGCAGAGGGAGCUAGCUCCCAUUUUAUAGAUGAUCAGGACCACCAUGGUAACCAGUUUGUUGCUUCUGAAGCUACCAUGCUCUUCUACAGUUGGCUGGGAUAUGUGAGCCAAGAUCAUUCAGUAUAUGGGCCACUGGUUGAAGGAAUCAAGGGAUGCCUCCAGGACUCUGAGGACCAUGCGCUGCUGGCGGUCCGAUUGCAGGCGAUAGGCGGAUCAGGUCUGGAGAUACCAAAUGACUACUACAUUCAGGAUUGGUUGGAGGGCUUAGCUGUCAAAGAUAGAAGAUCUGGGGUGGUUUGA